AUGUUCAGGGAACGAGCAAACCUCAACGUCAGCUACCAACACUACGUUCCUGGAGCUCCACCACGAUACACACCCGAAUCUCCGUACACCAUACAAAAUGCCCCCGCCCAAGUCGAUGCGGGACCGCUACCACCCAAAUCGCCCAUCGACAAUGUGUCCGCCCUACAAGCUGAUUCACUGGCAAACGGACCAUCUGGUCCCCCACCGGUCGCGCAACCCGGAAGCAAAGAUACUCUGCCGAACUCAUUUCUUCGAGUAGAGAGCCCUCCGGAAUACAGCGAAGUACCUGGUCCGUCCGAGCGUUCCCUUGCUACACAACAAACUUCACAGCAAACUGCACCACAAACGGAUCAAAAUCGCCUCGACGAUGUGCCUCUGAACGAUGGAAAAACUCCACGUGAUCUGUUGUCAUGA